AGUGUGGCUGAGUAGAAAGGGAGGAGCAGCGAGCAGACAGCAAGGUUACACAUGAGGAGGAAUUAAACAAAGCACAGAGAGGGACGGAGGGGAAAGAACAGGCAGAGCUGGUUGAUAGUAGGUUUAUAUCUUACCUCGGUGCUAAUUAGCAAAAAGAAAGCAAACAGAAACUGACAGAGAGAGAAAAACAGGAAACAGAAAGUGCAGCUAAAGGUAAGAGGAGAAAGAAGAAGUAGCGAGAAAAAAAAAGAAAAAGCGCGAGACAGCAGUUUAGAGAAAGUCCAGGAGAUUAAAUUGAAGAAGAGAAACAAGAAGGGAGAGCCGAGGCUCUGAGGAGCGAGCGAGGGGGGGGGAGUAAGAAAACUGCAGAGACUCAUUGACAGAAAACACUGGACUUAACUCCAUGGUUUACUGACAUCAGCAAAAACAAAAGAAAGAAGAACGUCACAAAAAAAGAGGUCACUGUGGUGUGCUGCAUGCCUGAGCGUGUCUACUAUGCAACCAAGUCAGCUGAGAUAGACAGACUCAAGCACAAUCACACUACUCACUUCCCAAAAAGACACUUCUGGUAACAGCACCAUGUUGAUGAAAGAGUACCGAAUAUGCAUGCCACUGACUGUAGAUGAGUACAGGAUUGGGCAGUUGUACAUGAUCAGUAAGCACAGCUGUGAGCAGAGUGGUGGGGGAGAGGGGGUGGAGGUGAUAAGGAAUGAGCCAGAUACUCACCCCAAGUAUGGACUGGGACAGCUGACUGAGAAGCGAAUCUACCUCAACAGUAAACUGCCAUCUUGGGUAAAAGCAUUUGUCCCGCGAAUUUUCUAUGUUACAGAAAAGGCCUGGAACUUCUACCCAUACACCAUCACAGAGUACUCAGUAUCAUUGCUCCCCAAGUUCAGCAUCCGUAUUGAGACAAGAUUCGAGAACAACAACGGUGAUAACGAUAACGUGUUUGGGGACAAGCCAACCCCAGCAGAGAAUGUGUGUUUCCUGGAUAUCCUGAGUGACCCCAUCGCUGAAAAGAACUACAAAGAAUCAGAGGACCUGAGUCUGUGGCAGUCGAGUAAAACUGGCCGAGGACCUCUGGAGAAGGGCUGGAGGGACAGCCACAAACCUGUCAUGUGCUCCUAUAAGAGAGUGGAGUGCAGCUUCGAGGUCUACGGAUUUCAGACCAAGACAGAGGAGUUCGUACAUCGAAACAUCAGAGACAUUCUUCUGGUUGGCCACAGGCAAGCGGUAGCAUGGACCGACGAAUGGCACGGGCUCAGUUUGGAGGAGGUGAGAGAGUAUGAACAGGAUAUGCAAGAGAAGACCAACAGCAAAGUCAAAUCUGGCCAGAACAGCACAGGUUCACAGGUUGCCAGUCGUCCUGUGAUAUCUCGCUCCAUCUCUGUAACAGAUGAGCGCAACCUGAAGAAGAUGGGAGUGGCCACUGCAGCCAUAUCUGACCACUCAGCCUCCUCCAUGCCACAGACUCCCGUUCGCCUGAAAUCAACCACCGAAUAAUCCCCCUCUCUUAUGCCUCUCGCUUUCACUCACACACACACACACACACACAAACACACACCUUGAACAGAGCAAACACAACUCAAAUACUGUGUCAACAUUCACCAGAGUCAUGUGAUGCUAUUUCUCAAAUAUGAACACACCCAUAUGCAAACAGCAACAAGAUCUGACAGACAUUGUUAGACAUUUUUGGGAAAAUGCUUUGUUGCUUUCUGCAGCAGCGUAUGAGAUCAAUUCCAUCCUCUUUUUUUUAAACAUAAGCAAGUUACUGGUUCCAGCUAAGGGAAAAAGCACUGUACUGCUGUUACUGUAUGACUUUAACAAAAAAAUUGUUGGUAGGGAGAUUUUGUUACCUCUGUUAGAGAGCCGAGCGAGGUGUUCUCUGUUUUCUGUCUUUGUGUUAAGCUAAACUAACUGGCUGCUGGCUACAGUUUCUGGUAUCGAUCACCUCAUCUAACUCUCUGCCAGAAAGCAACACAGAGCAGUUCCCCAAACACUAAGGUAUUCCUCUUGUGCCACCUAAGAAUUAUUCAUUACUUUUUAAUUCACAUGUACUCGUUCUCUUCAUUGAUAUAAAGUAUGUUAUUAAAUGCCGCUCAAAUGCAUAAGAACACACAAGGACCUUGUGUCUAGUCAGACAUUUUCUACAAAUAACCUUGAAGUGUCCUCGACAGCCUGUAAACACAGUGCAUUUCAGCACUUUCUUUCAGUUCCUCAGUUAUAGUGGAGUACAGGACCCCCAACAGGGCCCGCCGAUUGUUUCUGAGCCCCCAACCAGCAGCGUACAGACAGAUGCAUAAGGAGUUUAAUAGAGUGGAUCUAAUGAGAGAGCAUGAGAGAAGGGGGUGGGCUGUCAAUGCAAUGGAUCAGCUCCCCUCUCCACCUCAGCCAAUAGGUCAGACCAGGUGUAUUGACAGAAGGUAGUGAGGCAUUGUAUUGGUUCCUUGAUCAUUUAGCUGGGAGCUGCAAAUGGGUCAAAUGGGAGCUAAACUUCAAUUAUGUGUCAAUGAUGUGAUCAUUUAUAACAUUAUUAGCUCAGCUUAUUUAUGUACAUUUAAAAGGAGAAUGGGUUCUUGUCACUGGAGAUCGAUCAGUUAUGAAAACUGAAUCGAUGUGUGUUGUGUGACAAAGAAGCGUUACACUUUGCUGUUGCCUUUUUUGUAAAAUUAUCAAAUUUCAAAUAAAAUCAUGGAAAAUCA